AUGCGAGAACGUGGACUUACCGAGGCGGAUAAAGGAUGGUCCUGGGUUGUUAUGGCGAGCUCAGUUGGCUCCCACGUGAUCACCGGAGGUUUCCAGUAUUCCAUUGGAGUCAUACACAACGCAUUCCUAGAAAGAUUCGAUAAGAGUGUAGAGAAUACAUCCUGGGCCACCAGUCUGUUUGUAGCAACACUCUCGCUGACAGGUGUUCUCGCCAGUGUCCUGAUCAACUGGUCAAGCUGUCGUGUCACAAUGAUCAUCGGGUCACUGGUUAUGACCGCCGGUUUUAUCACCUGUGCAUUUGUCCCCUCCCUUGAACUUGCCAUCCUCUUUUAUGGUGGCGUUGCAGGUAUCGGUGCAGGAAUGGUUUACUUAUCUUCAGUGGUAGUUAUCGGGUUCAACUUCAACCGCAGGAGGAAUAUAGCUAGUGGAGUGGCAGUGUCGGGGAGCGGAAUCGGUACCUUCUUACUCUCCCCAGUGAUCGAGGCAGCGCGGGAGGAAUACGGCAACAGGGAAUUCCUUCUCAUCAUAGCCGGCAUCGCAUUGCAUGGAGCGUUUUUAGGUUGUAUGUUCUUCCCGUCAGAACUAGAAUAUCGACAAAAACAAAUCAGGCAUCAGAACUCAAAAUAUAGGAAGAAAUUUACAAUUUUAACCAAUAUUUCACAUUCAUUUGCGAUCCUUAAGCACAUUUCGCUACUUUCUCUAUGUUUCAGCAUGUUUUUUGCUUGUACAGGAAUAUUCCUUGUAUAUGUACAUUUCGUGCGUUAUGCUAUUGAGAUGGGAGCGUCUGCCUUGAAUUCGUCAUUUCUCCUCUCAGUUACUGGUGUAUGUGACUGUGUUUCGCGAGUUUUAACAGGUGUCGCGGCUAACGAUGAAUACAUAGAUGAAAUUGUGAUGUACUUUGGAACAUUCGGUCUACUCGGCAUCUCGACUUUGAUAUUCCCACUGUACGGAUCAACAUAUGGAGGACAACUAACGUAUGCUAUGUUCCUUGGGUUGUAUUCCGGAUGCUGUUAUUCUAUAAUGAACACACUUAUUAUACAGCUUGUCGGGGUAGAGAAGCUGGCCACGGGCUACGGAACGUGUAUGUUCUUUAGUGGUGCUGGUGCUCUCAUCGGACCGCCGGCAGCAGGUAGAUAUGUCAGCAUAAAUGUUAUCAUGUAGCUUUGUAACUUGCACUUGAGAUGUCAUUGA